AGGAACAGUUCCGGUCUCUCGACCGGUGAAGGCAUGUCACAGGACAAAAGAUGCGUUCACCAGCCACUCUGUUGGGCAAGGUGGCGAGGCGCGGGAGCCAGGUCACAGGUGCGAUUCCGAGCAAAGUUGGAUCCACAUUAAAGUGCAACCAAUAUAACCUCCCACCUCCUCCGGUGAAGAAACUCCAAGGACUAGAGUGGAGGGGGGAGGUGGAACAGCCCAUUUAGCGCCCAAACCUGGGGUUGGAGCAGGACGCGGGAGGGGCUCCUUGGGCGGGAAAGCGAGCCCUGCUCCCGAGAAAAGCCUCCCCUUCGUGCAAACCCGCAGCAGAGGCGCGCAGCUUCCUACCCGCAACGGGGAAGCACCGCCCUAGCCCUCCUUUCUCGGGGCAAGAAAAUCCGUUUCCCCCCGUCCUCUCUGGACGCAUAGGAACCGACUGCGGUGAUCCGGGGAGCGAAGGAAGGGAGGAGGAGCACGAUGACUUCAUGCCGCCGGAGCGCCGUGAAUUUGGGAUCAGCAGCUGCAGCUGGAUAUGGUGGGAGGGUGAAGGAUAGCCAGCGCACCCUCGCCUCGUUGCCCAGCCUCAGCCGCAGCGGAUUGCUGAGGAGCAGAGGCGGCAGCCACAGUGAGAGAGGGGGGGAAGAUGCGCUGAAUCGGUCGUCCGGGAGAUACUAUGUGGAUACCUGUUAGCAAUGACUGAUGUGGAAUCGACAUAUGCAGAUUUCAUUGCUUCUGGAAGAACCGGGAGGCGAAAUGCACUUCAUGAUAUCCUUGUGUCCUCUACAAGUGGAAAUUCUAGUGAAUUGUCCCUAAAAUUAUCAGAACUUGAUAUAAACAAAACUGAAGGUGAAGAAGAUGCACAAAAAAAUCCCACUGAGCAAACUGGGGAAGCCCAGGGGGAAGCAACAAAACAAGAAAGCUGACGCCCUACGUUGACUGACAGAGGCAACUGUGAGAUGCUUUCCAACUGCAGAGGCCAGUUGGAAAAAACGUGUCUUGUGUAAGCAAGCUGAUAAACACAGAAAUGGGUGGGCCUCGUUACUGGAAUCUGCACAGCGCAAUGUUAAAAAUGGAAAAGGAGAUUAUAGCAGCAAACAGGACUUUCUCUACCUCGGUUAGCAAUGGUUGAGACUUUAGUUGCUGACCUCGAGACUCUUUGUCUGAUGCAUCUCUUCACAAUGACCACUUGAGGAAAUGCCCAUAGGAAGUAGAGCAAGCUAGAUUCUGUAGCAAAUGGCCUUCAACUCACCAGAGGCUUGAUGUUCAUUGUAUGACAAUGGUUUCCGUGAUCUUCAGAGGUUGUCUGGCUAAAGUGUUCACUUAUUAAAAAAAAAAAAACCCUGUAAGGGAAGCACUGUUUUUUUUUUUUUUAAGAACUCUGCUUCUGUGUUUUCAGCUCUGUUACUUACAAUGUUUUAUAUUGUACAAUUUAGAUGCUCCACACUGCCCCCUUCUGAAAAUGCUUAUAAAGGCAACUUCUGUGACUGUGAAUUUUUUCUACCAUUUGUUUUGAAAGGGCUAGGAGUUACUGGUUUCUUCCCCUCCCCCCUUGCAUACUGUGGUGAUGUGCACAUGAUAGAUUAUAAAGUCAGCUGCUAAAAUGAUGAACUUGCUGUAACUGAAGAUUCAGUAGCAUUUUUUUUCAUUUCAAGAUGAACAUACAUUAAUUACAUUGUAUCGUCUGUCAUGUCCUAUAUUUUCAGUAAUGUUAGAUCAUUUUACUUGUAGUUCAGUGGAAAUCCAAGGUUCUGUUUGAAUCUUUUCAUUUUUUCUUUAACCUCAUCAUUCAAAUAGUUAUUUUUUUUCUUUUUCUUUUUUUUUUAAAAGUCAUCUUGUUAGGACUGUAGUUUUAAGAAGAAAUGUAUCAAUAUAAUUUAAAGGGAAAAUGCGGAAGUGUUUUUGGCAGGAAAAGGGAGACACUCCUGAAUGCCGGUCAGUACCUUUUUUCCCUAAAUGAAGCUGCGUUUGGAACUGGAGUAUUCUCACUUUUUGGUAGCUGAAAUUGUAGAGGAAAUUGAAAAUUCCUGUGGCAAUCACAUGGACACCUAUCACAGAGUUGUGUGUAGUUUUUUUUAAAAAGCCCUAAUGUUUGCUUCAUUAAAAAUAAAGUGAUAUCACUUUUUUGUUUCAAGCAUUGUACACUUUUUAAAUGUUUGUAAACUUUACUAAAGGAUUAGUGUAAUUUUGCUUUCUAGUAAAUUUGAAGGUUGGUUUAUGAAACAUCCUUUAUUGUUGUGGCCACGGCUGUUGUUUCUACAAUAUAAUACAUAUUGUGGUU